UGUUCUCAUUUAAAAUUUACCGCCAUCAAAAAAUCAGCGCAUGCUCGUUUCGGUGACACAUUUCUAUCUCUCUCUUUUGUUUGCAAUAAAAGGAAAACCGAAGAUGGUUAACGUUCCAAAGCAGAGGCGCACUUUCUGCAAGAAAUGCAAAGUGCACAAGUUACAUAAAGUAACUCAAUACAAAAAAUCCAAGGAACGUCAUGCCUCUCAAGGUAGAAGACGUUACGAUAGGAAACAGCAGGGUUUUGGUGGACAAACUAAGCCUAUCUUCAGAAAGAAGGCUAAAACCACCAAGAAAAUUGUGCUAAGGAUGGAAUGCACGGAAUGUAAAUAUAGAAAACAGAUUCCCUUGAAACGUUGCAAGCACUUUGAAUUGGGUGGUGACAAGAAACGCAAGGGACAAAUGAUUCAGUUCUAAUUGUUUGACUAAAUAAACACAUUUUUUAAAAAUUG